AUGUUCGCAAUCUGCUCGACAACUGUCUUCAACAAGUUCAGCAAGGACCAUCACUGUAUCAGGUUUUAUCGCAGCAUCUGCACCUUCUUCGCAGACCCGGAGUUUCAUGAAGAAGCAGAGGAGCUUCUCAGAUGGUGGAACUGUCGUAUCUUCCCAGAGAAUCACAGUGCUACACAGCAUACGGGCAACCAUCACCUCGAGAAGCUCAAAUGCACGAAGGCGGCGAGUGUCGGUCUGGCAGCAGCAGCGCCCUCCACUCUGGUGCUGCCUUCCAUUAUGGUGGUUGGAGCUGUCGUGAAUCAGGCGGCGGUGACGGCACGAUCUCCUUCCACUUACGCGCAGGACAUGGCGCAUUUGAAUUGCCUAAGCAUUGCAGCUGCAGAAGCUCGUGCUGCGUUAGCGGAGGCGGAGGCAGCAAAGGCGGCAGCGGAAGCUCGCGCGUUAGUGGAGGCGGAGGCAGCAAAGGCGGCGGCGGAAGCUCGCGCUGCCCAAGCAGUAGGCGGCCAGUAA